AUGUCUGCACUUUCUAUCCUCAUGGAUUCCCUUUCGGAGAACUUUACGUUAACCUCAACGACAAGACAUUUAGAAAUGUCUGAUGACGCAGACUCCGCGGAAUUUGAGCACUCAGACGCCCAGUGCUUCGACGCGCUGCCCGACGACACAGUCGAAGCCAUCGGAUCAACGGAGAGUGCUAUCCGGAAGAUUAUCAAAGAACACAAAGAAACGAUCGACGUGGUGAAAUAUAUAUGUUUCACAAACGUCCUACCAGCCAUUGCGGACAAGUUUUCUUUACGCAGUAGUUAG